UUUACAGAUACAGCUAGUACUCAGGCACUUAUUGAAGGAAAUGCAAUCCACAAAAAAACUGAGUUUAACAUUCUUCCACUUGAGCAAGGAGGCAUUCAGCAUGCAAUUAUGCAGGAGCAUGAGAUUAAGGCUGCCAUUGCAGUUAUUCGCAAUGUUCGUGGUUUACCCCCUGCCCAAGAUUUCAAUAAACAUGGAAACUUUGUAGAUCUGUUUGAUUUUCUUCAGCAUUGUUUUGGAUUCCAGGAAGCCAAUGUGGCCAACCAAAGGGAACAUCUGAUUCUACUCCUAGCCAACAUGCAGACUCGGCAAACUCAAAACCAGACAUCUGUUUUGAAGUUAGGAGAAGGAGGUGUGGAUGAAUUGAUGAGAAAGUUUUUCAAAAAUUAUACAAACUGGUGCAAGUUUUUGGGAAGAAAAAGCAAUAUCCGCUUACCUUUCGUGAAACAGGAAGCACAACAAUAUAAAAUUUUAUACAUUGGGCUUUACCUGCUCAUAUGGGGUGAGGCAGCUAAUUUGCGGUUCAUGCCAGAAUGUCUCUGCUAUAUCUUUCACCAUAUGGCAUAUGAAUUGCAUGGAAUUUUAAGCGGUGCUAUCAGCUUAACAACAUGGGAAAAAGUCAUGCCUGCAUAUGGAGGAGAACCGGAGUCUUUCCUUAACAAUGUUGUCACCCCCAUAUACAAAGUUAUAAGAGAUGAAGUUGACAAUAGCAAAGGUGGGACAGCUGCGCAUUCUGCGUGGAGAAACUAUGAUGAUCUGAAUGAGUAUUUCUGGUCUCCUGAUUGUUUUGGAAUCGGUUGGCCCAUGCGAGACGACCAUGAUUUUUUCUUUGUACAAUCGAAAAAUGAAUCCAGUGACAAGAAUGCAUCACCUGGUAAAGUAAAAGAAAAGAAAAAGAGAGAAAAGAAGGAUGAAGAACCAGAGGAUACAAAGGAGGAAAUCCAUGAACCACGAUGGCUGGGAAAGACAAAUUUUGUAGAGAUUCGUUCAUUUUGGCAAAUUUUUAGAAGCUUUGAUAGAAUGUGGAAUUUUUUAAUUCUAUCCCUUCAGGCCAUAAUAAUUAUUGCUUGCCAUGACGUGGGAUCUCCACUUCAGUUGCUUGAUGCCACAGUAUUUGAGGACAUAAUCAGCAUCUUCGUUACCUCUGCAAUUCUUAAACUUAUUCAAGCAAUUUUAGACAUCACCUUUGCUUGGAAAGCAAGAUACACAAUGGAACGUGCACAAAAAGUGAAACUUGUGAUGAAGCUUGCCUUUGCAAUUAUAUGGACUAUUAUUCUUCCCGUCUGCUAUGCUAAUUCUAGAAGAAAAUAUACUUGUUAUUCCACCAAGUAUGGAAGCUUGAUUGAGGAAUGGUGCUUUACUUCCUACAUGGUUGCAGCAGCAAUAUACUUGACAAGUAAUGCAGUUGAAGUUGUGUUAUAUUUUGUCCCUGCUAUUGCCAAGUAUAUCGAAGUCUCCAAUUACCAGAUAUGCAAAAUUUUGUCUUGGUGGACUCAGCCUAGAAUCUAUGUUGGACGGGGGAUGCAAGAAGACCAGGUUUCAAUUUUAAAGUACACAUUGUUUUGGAUAUUGGUGUUAUCAAGUAAAUUUCUGUUCAGCUAUAGUUUUGAGAUAAAACCACUCAUAGCACCAACCAGACAGAUUAUGAAAAUUGGUGUAAAAAAGUAUGAUUGGCAUGAGCUUUUUCCAAGAGUCAAAAGUAAUGCUGGUGCAAUUGUGGCUGUAUGGAGCCCUGUAGUGCUUGUUUAUUUUAUGGACACACAAAUUUGGUAUUCUGUGUUCUGUACAAUAUUUGGUGGACUUUAUGGCAUUUUGCAUCACCUUGGUGAGAUAAGGACACUAGGAAUGCUGAGAAGUAGAUUUGACUCCUUGCCUUCAGCAUUUGAUGUCUGUCUGAUCCCGCCAUCUUCCAAACGUGGUAAAAAGAAAAGAAAAGGUCUCCUCAGCAAUAUAUUUCAAAAGGUGUGUUCUAAAUUAGCAAUAGUAAGAUACAAUUAUUUUAAUGUGCCGGAUGAAAAAAAUGCUAAAGCAAAAUUUGUUGUAGUAUGGAAUCAAAUUAUAAAUCAUCUUCAUCUUGAAGACUUGAUUAGUAACAGAGAGAUGGAUUUGAUGAUGAUGCCUGUGUCUUCUGAAUUAUUUUCUGACAAUGGCAAGGUUCGUUGGCCUGUUUUCCUUUUGUCAAAUAAGUUUUAUACAGCUUUGACCAUUGCUAAAGAUUUUGAGGGAAAGGAUGAGAUUCUUGCCAGAAAAAUUACAAAAGACAAAUACACGUUUUAUGCUGUAAGAGAGUGCUACCAGUCACUGAAAUACGUCCUUGAUAUUCUUAUUGUAGGUAGCAUGGAGAAAAGGAUCAUAUGUGAUAUAUUUGGCGAAAUUGAAAAAAGUCUCCAAGAAACAAGUCUUCUUAAGAACUUCAACAUGAAAGUUCUCCCAGCUCUACAUGCUAAGGUUAUUGAGCUAGCUGAACUUCUGAUCGAGGGAGAUAAAGAUCAUUGGCACAAAGUUGUGAAAGCUUUGUUAGAUAUGUUGGAACUAGUAACAAAUGAUAUGAUGGUUGAUUCCAGAAUAUUGGAUAUGUUCCACUUUCCCCAGCAAAACGAACGUGGCUUUGUCUUUUUUAGAGAUGAUGAUCAACUAUUUGCCAGUGAGGAAAUGAAUAGAGAAUUCUAUCCAUUUGCCAACGAGAAUUCUAUUCAUUUUCCCUUGCCUGAAAGUGGCCCUCUGAUUGAAAAGAUCAAGCGUUUUCAUUUGUUGCUUACUGUCAAAGAUUCAGCAAUGGAUGUGCCUGCAAACUUAGAUGCUCGUCGGCGCAUAUCAUUCUUUGCUACUUCUCUGUUUACAGAUAUGCCUGAUGCUCCAAAAGUGCGCAAUAUGCUGCCAUUCUGUGUUAUAACUCCACACUACAUCGAGGACAUCAAUUUUUCCCUGAAGGAGCUUGGUUCAGAUCAAGAGGAGGACUCAAUCAUCUUUUACAUGCAAAAGAUAUAUCCAGAUGAAUGGACAAACUUUUUGGAACGUAUGGGUCGUGAAAAUGAACAGAAGACAGAAGAUGAACAGAAGAGUUUAGAAGAUGAACAGAAGACAGAAGAGCGUAGGCUGUGGGAAGAUGAAAAGAAGACAGAAGAGCUUAGGCUGUGGGCUUCAUUCCGGGGCCAGACACUAAGCAGAACAGUUAGAGGGAUGAUGUACUAUAGAGAAGCCUUAAAAUUACAAGCAUUUCUUGACAUGGCUGAAGAUGAAGAUAUUCUUGAGGGUUAUGAGAAUACUGAAAGAAGUAAUCGUGCAUUAUUUGCUCGUCUGGAAGCACUAGCAGACAUGAAAUACACCUAUGUCAUUUCCUGUCAAUCAUUUGCAUCUCAAAAGGCUUCGAAUCAUCCCCAUUAUAAAGAUAUGAUUGACUUAAUGAUAAGGUAUUCAUCUCUUCGUGUUGCUUAUGUUGAGGAAAAAGAGGAGAUGGUACAGGGUAAACCUCACAAAGUAUAUUCAUCUAAACUGGUUAAAGUUGACAAUGGUUUUGAACAGACAAUAUAUCAAAUAAAACUUCCAGGUUCACCAUAUCUUGGAGAAGGGAAGCCUGAAAAUCAAAACAAUGCAAUAAUAUUCACUCGUGGUGAAGCCCUCCAAACAAUUGAUAUGAACCAAGAUAAUUACUUGGAAGAAGCUCUAAAAAUGAGAAACCUUCUCCAAGAAUUUCGUCAGCGCCAGGGACGGCGUACUCCUACCAUACUUGGUUUAAGGGAACACAUUUUCACAGGAAGUGUGUCUUCUCUGGCAUGGUUCAUGUCAUAUCAAGAGACCAGCUUUGUCACUAUCGGUCAAAGGCUUCUGGCUAAUCCUCUCAGGGUACGGUUCCAUUAUGGCCAUCCAGAUGUAUUUGACAGGGUUUUUCAUAUCACAAGAGGAGGAGUAAGCAAAGCAUCUAAAACAAUUAACCUGAGUGAGGAUGUUUUUGCUGGAUUUAAUUCUACUUUAAGACGGGGAUGUAUUUCUUACCAUGAAUACUUGCAAGUUGGCAAAGGUCGUGAUGUAGCUCUAAACGCGAUCUCAAAAUUUGAAGCUAAGGUAGCAAAUGGAAACAGUGAGCAAACUAUAAGCCGUGACAUAUUCCGCCUUGGCCGGCAAUUCGAUUUUUUCCGGAUGCUAUCUUGUUAUUUCACUACCAUUGGAUUUUACUUCAGUAGCUUGAUUUCAGUAAUAGGAAUAUAUGUAUUUCUCUAUGGUCAGCUUUACCUGGUUCUUAGUGGGUUGGAGAGAGCACUUAUUAUUGAAGCUCGAAUCAAGAAUGUACAGUCCUUAGAAACAGCUCUUGCUUCCCAAUCAUUUAUACAACUUGGGCUUCUAACAGGCUUACCAAUGGUGAUGGAAAUAGGCCUUGAGAAAGGUUUCCUCACAGCCUUCAAAGAUUUUGUCCUAAUGCAAUUGCAGCUUGCUGCUGCUUUCUUCACUUUCUCCCUUGGAACAAAAACACAUUAUUAUGGCCGAACAAUUUUGCAUGGGGGUGCAAAGUACAGACCAACAGGACGCAAAGUUGUCUUCCAUGCUAGCUUCACUGAAAACUACAGAUUAUAUUCAAGAAGCCACUUUGUUAAGGGAUUUGAGCUAAUGCUGCUGUUGAUUGUGUAUAAUAUGUUCAGGAAGUCUUAUCAAAGUAGCAUGACAUAUGUGCUGAUAACUUAUGCCAUUUGGUUCAUGUCAUUAACUUGGUUAUGUGCACCAUUUCUUUUUAACCCUGCUGGGUUCAGUUGGACCAAGACAGUAGAUGAUUGGAAAGAGUGGAAUAAAUGGAUCAGGCAACAAGGUGGUAUAGGAAUUCAACAAGAUAAAAGUUGGCAUUCUUGGUGGCAUGAUGAGCAAGCCCAUCUUCUCCGGUCAGGUCUUGGUUCCAGGUUGACUGAAAUAUUGCUUUCUCUUCGCUUUUUCAUCUAUCAAUACGGUCUGGUCUAUCACCUUGACAUCUCUCAGCAUAGCAAAAACUUUCUGGUUUAUGUCCUUUCUUGGAUUGUGAUUUUUGCAAUUUUCCUCUUGGUGAAGGCUGUCAAUAUGGGAAGGCAACUACUCAGUGCUAAUUAUCAACUUGGAUUCAGAUUUUUCAAAGCAUUCCUGUUCAUUGCUGUUAUUUCCAUUAUCAUUACUCUUUCCAUUAUAUGUGAACUGUCAUUGACAGACAUUUUCGUUUGCUGUCUGGCAUUCAUGCCUACUGCAUGGGGAUUGAUACUGAUUGCACAAGCUGUGAGGCCAAAGAUAGAGCAUACAGGAUUGUGGGACUUCACCCGUGCACUUGCUAGAGAAUUUGAUUACGGAAUGGGGAUAGUUCUUUUUGGACCUAUAGCUAUUUUGGCAUGGCUACCAAUCAUUAAAGCCUUCCAUGCUCGUAUCCUUUUCACCGAGGCAUAUAGAAGGCACCUGCAAAUCCAACCACUUCUCUCAGGAAAAAGGAAGAAGCACAGACCUUGAUCAUGUCAUGAUUCUUGAACUUGUUUCUGUACAGUCAAGCCAUAAUAUAUUAACAUUCUAUACAGGAGGAUUUCAGGAACUACGUAGAAGUAACACAGCAUGUACAGCUGUAUGCAUAUGAGUAUAGUAUACCAAGUCAUAAAUGUACAAGAGAGGAAAUUGUUGUUUCUCAUUGUGUAGUUGAAUCAGUCGAAAGGAGAGGGAAUUAAAACAAUAUUUGCUUCAUUAGAAGGAGAAAACCUCGGGUACAUACAUCAGAUGUAGGUUUACCUAAUGGGGAAGUUUUUGGGAUUAAGUGGGAAUAAUAAAGAAAA